GAUUCUCUCAAUCUCCUCCCCCGCUCCCUCUUCGUAACGUCUGACCCUUUCGCGUCUCUCUCUCUCUCCUCUCUCUCUCUCUUACUUUCUUUAUCAAAUCUCUGACCCGAUCAUUCUGUGACCCUUCUGUCCCCAAAUCUGCAUGUGUACGUCGUCGUUUUCCCGCCACCCCCACAUCUGUCUCCCAUUAAAUGCUCCCGUUGGUUUUCAAGAGUUUUGGGAUUUUGGGCAACAGAGAAAAAGACUCCCAAAGCUCUUAACUUUCUUUAUUAAUUAACCCUUUUUUUAGUUCCUUAAUUAGCAUUAAUUAGUCACAAUUAAUUUAUAUUAAGAAAGAUUUGUCCGUUUCCUCUCUAUAUAUAAACCACUCUUCCAGUAAAACCAGAAACUCAAAGCAACAAAGAAGGCAAAGGUUAUGCCAAUAGAGAGAGAGAGAGAGUUUUUAGAGAGAGAGAGAAAGGGUCAUGCAUCUUUUCUGAUAUAACAAGAACAUUGAACCCUCCUGCUUUUCUAAACCUACCCCAUUUCGUUUCGUAUUAAAAAGUCCCAUGAAAUAUGUGAAGGCAGAAGAUUAAAGGUUGUCUGAGAAAAAACAUGGCAGUUCAGGCACAAAGUUUGUAUUUUUCUGAAGAUUGGUCGUCGGCGGCGGCGCUGCUCCACCCUGUUUCCGGCCUCGACGACAUAUUUUCCGGCAUUCCGAGCCCUCCGCCUCCCGCCCUUCAUCCUCCUCAAAAUCACUUUCACCUCCGUCUUCCGGUGGCACAGAAUCAGAGGCAGAAUUUAAACACGACGGGCUUUGAUUUCUGCAACCAGUUAGGAGCUUCGGUUUCGCCUUCCACUUUCAAUGGCUUUCUCCCUACGCAGUUCUCGGAAAACUUAGGGGCGCAGCUGGACUUGCAAAGGCACGAGCUCGACUGCAUUAUUCAAUUGCAGAGUGAAAAGCUGAAGUUCGCAUUGCAAGAGCAGAGGAAGCAGCAACUAGCAGCUCUGUUGUGCAACUUAGAAUCCAGAACGUUGAAUGUAAUUAGGCAGAAAGAAGAAGAGUUAGGACAGGCGACAAAAAAAGCGAUGGAGCUCCAGGACUGCCUGAGAAAAGCAGAGAUGGAAAGCGAUAUGUGGCAGCGGGUGGCGAAAGCGAACGAAACAAUGGUGACGGACCUGAACAACGAGCUCGAGCAGGUCAGAGAGCGACUGGUUCUCGUCAGCAGCGAAACCGACGACGCAGAGUCCUGCUGUGAAAACAGAGUAGCAAUUAUGGAGGAAGAUCAAUUAGCGGAAGAGAAAAGGAGAAAGUUGGUCUGCAAAAGCUGCCAGGCACGGAGCUCAUGCGUGCUUUUCCUGCCGUGCAGGCAUCUCUGUUCGUGCAAGUUCUGUGAAGGGUUUCUUGGAUUUUGCCCCGUUUGUGAUUCCGCCAAGGAGGCAAGCAUGGAGGUCUUUUUUGUCUAGCAAGAAACAGUGCCAAGCAAAAAAGUGCUUCUAAAAAAAGCAUGAAUCUUUAUUACUUUUGUGACUCAUGACGUGAUGCGCUGUGCUCCCUUCAUUUUGGCUACUCCGUUCAUUAUUCAUGAAUUUUUAGUAUAUAUUGGAUUUUAUAGUGCGAUUUUAGUGUCCUUAAUUUAUGUAAUGAAUUUCCAUAUAUUUAUGUGGUUUGUGUAUAUAUUUAGGGUUUUAAAUCAUUUAGAUUCUUCAAUGGAACUUCAUAAUAUCAUCAUAUAUUAAAUUAAGUAAUGUAUACUAUA